AUGAUGACAGCAGGUGGUUUCUUGAGGGUUUCCUUUGCUGCAUUCCUGAUGGUGAUUACGUCUGGGAUUCCUAUUAAAAGCUCAAAACCCAGCCAGCUCAGUGGCGGUGAUGGCAGUGCAUAUCUUGCUGCUUACCAAGGAGCACCCUCUAGUCAUUCAGCACCUGUGCUCUAUAAUCCUGCUGGUGCUGUCUCUGCACCAGUAUAUGUAUUUCAAGAACCGAGUGAACAAACUGUUGCUCAAAGUGGGCCAGUGCUAAGUAGCUUAAGCUCAACUAUGCCUUUUGUGAGAUACACAGUACCAGCUGCUUCUGCUGGACUGGUUCAGGCAGAACAUGUGGCAUAUCCCCAGCUUGAAGCUGGGGAAUCUGACUCGUCAGAAACUCAGUGGGCUGUGGCUCCAAACACCUUCUCUGAGGACGCAUCAGCUGAUGCCCUUGACCCAAGUGACUUCCUACCCCCACUCCCUCAACCACCGGCUGUACCUGACCUCCAGUCAGGGGAAAGACUCAGCAUUGUGAAGGAAGCUGAACUCGGCAACUACCAGCAGCAGACGGAAGAAUUUGGCUAUCCUUUUGACCAGCAAAGCCCUGAACAGGGAUUCGCAAGCUUGGUGGUGCCACACUUUGGGCUUGGUGGCUUCGGGGGUUUCCUCAGUCCUAACUUUGACUACAGGCUCGUGUAUGGCUUGUAUCCACCUGGCACCCAGACUACCUUCAGUCGGCACCAUGAGACGGGCAAAGACUACAAUCAAGCCAUCCACUAUCUGAAGGAGCAUUCUUCUGACGACCAAGGUCCUGUCCAACAGAGAAAGGUCUUCCAAGUUUCCUCCUAGAGUGGCAAACUCCCUGUACUAUGGUUGAAUAAAAGCAACAUGGAAUGCCAUCAAUAAAGAGCAUACUGAACUUCUGAA